AUGGAAGCUCCGCCGCCUCUUCUCCUACCAUUCCUGCUGCUCCUCCUCCUAGCCUCCAACAUGGCCACCGCGGCCGGGGACGGCUGCAGCGCGGGCUGCGACCUCGUGCUGGGCUCCUACUACGUCACGAAGAACACGAACAUCACCUACAUCGCUUCGCUCUUCGGCUUCACCGACUACCGACUGCUCGCCAAGUAUAACCCCGGGCUCCCCAAUCUAGACGACGUCGCCGCCGCCGGGUACCGCGUCGACGUCCCCUUCCCCUGCGAGUGCCUCGCGCGGCCCUCCGACCCGGCCUCCACCUACCUCGCCGCCUCCAUCCCCUACAAAGUCGUCACGGGAGAAACCUACGCCAGCAUCGCCAGCAACUACAUCAACCUCACCACCGCCGACUGGCUGCAGGCCACCAAUACCUACCCGCCCAACAGCAUCCCCGACGGCGCCACCAUCCAGGUCACCGUCAACUGCUCCUGCGGCGACGCCGGGAUCUCCACGGAUUACGGGCUCUUCCGCACAUUCCCGCUAAGGGACUGGGAGACGCUCGCCUCCGUCGCCGCAACUCGUGACCUCUCGUCGCCGGAGCAGAUGGACAUAGUCCGGAGGUAUAAUCCCGGCAUGGAUGGUGCCACCGGGAGCGGCAUCGUGUAUAUCCCUGCCAAAGAUCCCAAUGGAAGUUACCUUCCUCUUAAAUCACCAGCAGGAAAAAAGGUUUCAGCAGGAGCAAUAGCAGGAAGUGUUGUGGCUGGUGUAGUGGCACCUGUCUUGGGUGUCUUGUUAUUCUUGUUUUAUAGGCGAAGAAAGGCGAAACAGAAUACACUGCGGCUAGCCAGUACAAUAUUAAUGCAAAAGGUGACAUCAUCGGCCACUCAAGCUGACGUAGCUUCAUUAGCUGCUGGCAUUACAGUUGACAAAUCAGUCGAGUUCACAUACCAAGAACUUUUUAAUGCUACAGAAGGCUUCAACAUAACUCAUAAAAUUGGACAAGGUGGUUUUGGUGCUGUCUAUUAUGCUGAGCUUGUAGGCGAGAAAGCCGCCAUAAAGAAAAUGGACAUGCAGGCUACUCAGGAGUUUCUUGCCGAGUUAAAGGUUUUGACACAUGUUCACCAUCUAAAUCUGGUGCGCUUGAUUGGUUAUUGCACAGAGAGUUCUUUGUUCCUUGUCUACGAAUUUGUCGAGAAUGGAAACUUAAGCCAGCAUUUGCGUGGAACUGGUUAUGAGCCUCUUUCUUGGGCUGAAAGAGUUCGGAUUGCGCUAGAUUCGGCAAGAGGUCUUGAGUAUAUUCAUGAGCAUACCGUUCCAGUCUACAUACAUCGGGACAUCAAAUCUGCAAACAUCUUGAUAGACAAGAACACCCGUGCAAAGGUUGCAGAUUUUGGUCUAACAAAGCUUACAGAAGUUGGUGGUGCAUCUUUGCAAACACGUGUUGUUGGUACAUUCGGUUACAUGCCUCCAGAAUACGUUAGAUACGGCGAUAUUUCUCGUAAGGUUGAUGUGUAUGCCUUUGGCGUAGUCUUGUACGAACUUAUCUCAGGCAAAGAUGCCACUGUCCGACCAACCGAUGGAUCUGCUAGUGGUUCAAGGGGACUGGUUUAUCUGUUUGAAGAGGCUCUCACUGCAUUGGAUCCGAAAGAAGGCCUCCAGAAGCUGAUCGAUCCAAAGCUGGGAGACGACUAUCCCGUCGAUGCAAUUCUCAUGAUGACACACCUGGCGAACGCAUGCACUGCAGAGGACCCCAAGCUGAGGCCCACAAUGAGGUCUGUGGUCGUCGCGCUGAUGACGCUCUCUUCCAUGAGCGAGUUCUGGGAUAUGGAAAACCCGGGCUUGGUGAACCUCAUGUCCGGGAGAUGA